GGGGAGUGGUUAGUGUGUGACACCGGUGGAGGGGGAGGAGGAGUGGUUUGAGGUUGACACCGGUGGAGGGGAGGGGGAGUGGUUAGAGGGUGAGAGCGGCCACCCCCUCCCUGAGCGCUGUGUGCGGCAGCGGGAGGAGCCGGGAUCAGCGGCGGCUCUGGUCCUGUCCUCGGGCUCUGGUCUGUGGGUCCCGGUCCGGUGAUGGGUUGCUGCGGCUGCGAGGAGGGCUCAGUUCGACAAUGGAAACCAUUGGAACAGCGCAGCUGUACAGAUGUCUUGUGGCUGCUGAUAUUCAUACUGUUCUGUGUUGGUAUGGCUAUCAUUUGUGGCUUUGCAAUAGCUUCUGGAGCUGCACAGAGGCUGGUAUUUGGUUAUGAUAGUUAUGGAAAUAUUUGUGGUCAUAAGAACACACAAAUCAAAGAUGUUGCAAUGAGUGGUCUUGAUCUUACAGACAGAAAAUACGUCUUUUUCUUCGAACCAUGUGAUUGGGAUGUGGUGCAGCUUAAAAUCCGCUCAGUAGCGUUGUGUGUGACCAAGUGUCCGGAUAAGGAUCUUAACACACUUGAGGAUGUUCGAAAUUUUGCAAAAAAUAAUGGAUCUCGCCUUUGUAUGUACGAUCUGGAUCUCAAUCAGUAUACAUCAAAAAACUUGAAGUACUGCCCUAAACUUCCUGUUAAAUCAAGUAAACCUAUACCAUUCUUCCAUCGUUGUGUCCCAGUGGAUAGUGGCUGCAAAAUCAAUUUUAAGGCCCUGGCCACCUUCGUCAGUUACAAUAGUGUCUUGCAGAGAGUGAUUACUGGAGUAAUGACCAGCAAAGAAAUUAUAGUGGGACUUUGCUUAAUGUCACUAGUUUUGUCGAUGUUGUUAAUGGUUAUAAUCAGAUACAUCUCCAAAGUGCUAGUUUGGAUCCUUGCAAUUCUCACAAUCAUUGGUUCAAUUGGUGGUACAGCUGUCCUUUGGUAUUUGUAUGUCGAUCAUAAAAAGGCACUCAAACUGGAGUCGGGUCAAGAUGAUGUGGCAGCAGAUAAUGUUAAAGCCUUAUUGGUGUAUGCCAUUGCUGCAACAGUAAUCACUGUCAUUUUACUGUUGUUGAUGCUAAUAAUGAGGAAGCGUGUGGCCCUCACAAUUGCCUUGUUCCAUGUGGCAGGAAAAGUGUUCACUCACAUUCCACUUCUCAUCUUUCAAUCACUCUGGACCUUUAUUGCCUUGGCAUUUUUCUGGGUCUAUUGGAUUGCAGUGCUCCUAUUAUUGGCCACGGCAGGCUAUCCUGAAAAGAAAGACAAUGACUAUGUUGAGUUUAAAGUUUCUGGUCCUCUACAGUAUACUUGGAUUUAUCAUCUAGUUGGUCUCAUUUGGAUCAGUGAGUUCAUACUGGCCUGCCAACAGAUGACUAUAGCUGGAGCUGUAGUAACUUACUAUUUUACCCGGGACAAGCAUGACUUGCCAGCAACUCCAAUCCUUUCUUCUAUGUGUCGACUGAUUAAAUACCAUCUGGGAACAGUAGCCAAGGGUUCCUUCAUCAUCACUUUAAUAAAGAUCCCACGAAUGAUCCUUGUGUACAUACACAGCCAACUCAAAGGCAAGGAAAAUGCUUGUGCAAAAUGCAUGCUGAAAGCAUGCAUGUGCUGCCUGUGGUGUUUAGAAAAGUGCCUGCUCUAUCUCAAUCGGAAUGCAUAUAUAGCAACCGCCAUAAAUGGUACCAGCUUUUGCACAUCUGCCAAGGAUGCCAUUGUGAUUCUGGUGGAGAAUGCUAUGAGAGUGGCCGCAAUAAACACAGUUGGUGAUUUUGUGCUGUUACUGGGAAAGCUGCUUGUAGUGUUAGUCACAGGUUUUAUUGGGAUAGUACUGCUCAACUACCAGCGUGAUUAUACCGUGUGGGUCCUGCCACUCAUCAUCAUUUGCCUGUUUGCCUUCUUUGUGUCGCACUGCUUCUUGUCCAUUUAUGAGAUGGUUGUGGAUGUCCUUUUCCUCUGCUUUGCUGUUGACUGCAAACAUAAUGAUGGGAGUCCUGGUCGAGAGUAUUAUAUGGAUAAAAGUUUAAUGGAAUUCAUGGAGGGGAGCAGGAAAGCAAUGCGAUCAGCCACUGGUAGUGGGGCUGAAAUGAAAUCAAUGGCCUCCGAAGCUGGUAACGCUUGAUUUCAGGAUAUCUAAGGAGCACAGGCAAUACAUCACUUUUGUACUUUUGUGUGCAUUCCUUUUAACCCACAAAAAGACAAGGGUGUAUAAUGGUUCAUAAAUGUGUUGUUUAAAAGUGUGUUUGGAGGAUAAAUUUUUGUUACUUUUCUAACUGGAAUGUUGCCAGUUUGCAGUAACAUGAAACCUAUUCAAAGCAGAACACUUUGGUUUUAACUAAAUAAAUGAAAAUGUAUACUAACAUUUUAGGGGGAAAUUGUAUAAGCAUUUACUGUGCAAAUUUUAAAAUUGUGACCAUUUUUGUAAUGCUAUAUUUUGCUCUGUAGAUAUUAUCAUGCACUCAUUUUGUAUGCAGAACCUGCAGAAUAUUUUAUAUGACAGCAGUGCUGUAGUACUUUUUAGAAUGGCAUAAUGAUAUUUAAAAUCUUUGCUUUUUGUGGCUUUUGCAGUACACUGCAGUUCUGUUGCGACAUUCCUAAUGAAAUUGCUAUACUAAAAACUCAGGAUAAAACUGUCACCUUUUCAGUAACUCUUUGUCAGGGAAACUGUCAGAACCUUGGGUUUCUAUAAAUGGACAAGCGACUAAAUAUAGCACAUGGGGAAGUUUUGCAUGUAGGAUGAAAGAUUGUUCAGAAAACAUAUAGACUUGAAAUAUCACUCCGCUAGAGCAGGGAUCAUUCAACAGGAAGAUGAACACUAUAGAUAAGCAAUCUCUUGUGGUUCAUUAUUUGACUUCAACUGAGUUAACUGACCAUCGCUAAGAAAGUAGAUGGGACCUGUAUUCAUCAUUAGUGCCACUGGUUUAGAGAUGGGGAGAAUGUAAAUAGUCUUCUGAUUCCUGGUUAUUACCCAGAGGUUCUGAGGGAGGGGCUUAUGUAUGUUGGCCAAAAGCUUUUUUUAAAUUUAAAUGCAGGAGGAAGUUCCAUUUGUGGAAGUGCCUAAUUUUCAAAUUUUACUUGUAUUGCCACUUGGUGAAACCAGUGAGAUGGAGUUUGGGAAGAUCUGGAAGCUUGGGACAACUGAGUUGGAUGUGCUUGGAGGUGGAAUGGUAAUGUUUAACAGUUGUUGGAAACCACAACAUUUGGAAUAAAAAUGGGAAAUAAUAGAGAUAUUAAGAUUAGGCAGCAUCUGUGGAAAGAGGGUUUAGAACCAGAUGUUAUUAACGUUAAAUGCCAUGUACCAUGUCAUCUGAAGUAUCUUGCUUUAUUUAUUCCCUCUUAGUUUCCAAAAAUAAUGCAGAAAAGUCACGUAGAAGAAAACAAAGUAUGAUACAACUGCCAUAACCCUGCUUUAAAUGAUCAGGACCUUCAGUUCUUGGUUUCUUGAUAUUACUCAUAUAGCUCUGCUGAUUAAUCAAUCCAGGGCUCUGGAGUUUGAGAUUGCCAGAAAAGGAAUCUGUAUAGCUUGCUUGUGCAGAACCCCAUCCCUGUCUCUGCGUUUUGAGUAAAAUUAUUAUUUCGCUACCGCCUUUAAGUUUAGCCAGCACCAAUGAUGUAUUUUAAAGCUUUAGUUAGGAUGGGUGGUGGGAAAUCCAUGAGAUCACGUACAUCAUUGGCAUUUCUAUUCUCUGUUCAGUCCCGUCCUCCCCUCCGACCCUAUUGAUUUACCCUCUACUUUCACUUCUUAUUUUUGCCUUCAAGGAAUCAAUAGUUAGUCCCUCCAGUGCUUUGUCUGUUUUAUUUCCUCUUGAAUCAAGCAUCUUAGAGUGGUAGUCAAAUAAUGUGGUGCAGUGGAAUUAUGAGCUUAGUGAAGUUAAGGACAUUAUGAUGGCUUUAUUAAAUAUAUUCAGAAUCUACAACUUUGUUUUUACCAGAAUUGUACAAUAAAUGUGAUCAUUAGAAAACCAAUAACUGCUCAAUAAAUAUGGUGAGGGAUGAUCACGUAAAGGUUUUUUUAAAUUAGUUUUGAUAACACAUUUCCUCUUAUAGAGAAAAGCAAAACUAGAGGCCAUUAUUAUAAGAUAGAAAUCUGAAAGGGAAUCCAAAAGAAGCUUUCAAAAGAGUGGGGGAAUGUAGAGCUUACUCCCCUCGAGUGGUUAAGGUGAAUAAAUAAAUUAUCUUAGGGAGAAGCUGGUUAGGCAUGAGAGAAAGAAGGGACUAGAGGCUACACUGAUAGAUAGGAAGGAGCUUGAGUGAAGCAUUAAUUUUUGAACCUCAUGGCCUGCUUCCAUUCUGCAUAUCCUAUGUUAUCAAAUGUACUAGGGAAGGGACACUAUAAAAGUUCAGUUAAUUUUUAUUCAUUUGCUUGGGAUUCCAGAGUUGUACUGUAAAAACUUUUUUAAAAAGGAAGAGGUGCAACAACUGCUACAGUUUAUUAAUGCAUUUCCAAAGUGAGUUUGUAAUAUCUGGCUUAAUGUUACACUCCAGUCUUGAUUUCCCUUCAGUUGUAUUGCUGGGCAUUGGCAUCACUUGUUGCCAUAUUAAACCAUUGAUUGUUGCAGCACUUCUGAAGCAAAAGCUGAAAAGUGAGAAUAAUGUGUAAAAACUAAAUUACUUAUCUGUAGUAUUCAUCCAUCUUUUGUGAAAUCAGGUGUACAGUCAGUUCCUAAUUAGUGUACCCAUUAUAAAAUUGGGAUUUAUUUCACUGGUGAUAGAAAUUUUUAGUCUAAAGGAAGCUCCAAGAUUACUUUUUAAGGGACCAAACUGAAUCGAUUUUCAUGCUAAAUUUUUGGUUUUUUACAUCUCAAGACUUGCUGACUUUUCAUGUUUCAUAUGGCAGUGUCUGGAGUCAAAUAAUAUCUGUGGAAGGUGAGAAUUUGGAGGGUGCUUGACCAGCACCUGGAUCCAGUGAAAUAUUUUGUACUCUUUUAAGCUGUCUGGUCUACUUUCAUUGGCUCUUGCAAUUGUAAUGACAUGAGCUUGAAUGUGAUUCGAAGUCUGUCAUGUGUUUAAAACAUCUGGAAUAUGCUAUUGACCAAAUAGUUGGAAAUUGCUCAGGGUGAAAGUUCUCUUCAAUGUGCCAUUGGCAAAUCCUACAGAGAAUUGUGUGUGGUGUAUUAUUUCUUGUAUUGGCUGUGAAGUUGUCCUCUGUCAUUGGCUAUGUACUCCACUAACUGAUUUUUUCAAUUACCAUGUAGUUUAAUUCCUGAUGCAUUUUUUAAUAUUUGUAUAUUAAAAUUUUAAUUAAAAGUGA